AUGAACAAACACUGCAGGAAGCCACACCAAAAGAAGAAAACGGGCGUGAAAGUGCCCGACUGGAACAAGAUACACGCCAAGGAGGAGCGCCGCAAGCAGAAUCGCCUGGAAAAGCUGAAGAAGCCAACAACCAAAGUGGAGGAGUUCCAUUUCAACACAACCGCCCCGUCCCCGAGCGGUCGACAGGAGCCAGGCACGCUCAAGGUGUACGAGGACACAGAUUCGAAGAGGCGAGCAAGCCCAAGACCACAAGGACAAGCGAGCAAGGCAAACGAGGACAACGCGUUCCUCGCACACCCGUCCUCACUCAACGCCAUCCUCUCCGCCAACGACACAGAGCAAUUGCACCAGAAGCAACGACCGCCCGCCACACCCUCUGCGCCGCCAACAACAUCGGCACUGGAGAGCGUGCUGACACGCGAGCGUCUGGAGGCCCAUCGCCGCCGCCGCGAAACCAUUGCACUCGCAAAGAGCGUCAAGCCCUCUCCGCGCCGGCGCCACCCUGGUGCACAGCGUUCUCUCCUGCACUCGCGUUCGGCCGCAAGCCAACAGCACCACGCCCCAGUGACGCCUGGACGUCUUGGGCUCGGUGCCUCAAAGGGGGUCAACGUGCGCCGAGAGACGCUUGCAGGCGGUGCUGUGGCCGCAGCUCCAUCCCUGUCUGCGUCCGUGGCUGCCACCCCUGCCGUGUCCCGAUCAGGGCAUGCUGCAAACCAUCAGCAGGACGCUGAGGACGGCAGCGGCUUUGAGCCUGAUGCCGGCAGCAAGGAGGCCAUUGUCAACAACACGGGCCUCUCCGAUGCGUGGGCAACCACCCCACUCCGUCAGACACUCUGCCCAUCUGGCAUGCGCGCGGCAGAGCGACGCAGGCAGUUCUUUGAGCAGACGCCGGCCCGUCACCACCACCGCAUGGGCACCACGCCAAAGACGCACGUGCACCGCGCACGUCGCCAUCCCGAAAAGCAGCAGCAGCAGCAAUGCGAGGGCGAUGGUGAGGGUGCUCGCGUGCCCGCAGCCCACGGCAGCAACGCGCAUGCAGCCAUGCUGCGCACACCCUCUGACGAGCAUCUGCGCCGUGCGCCAAAGAGCCCGAAGACAAAACCGUCCCUGGUCAGCCACCGGGAGACCUUGUUGACGCCGCAUCGCACAAUGCAGGCAAUGCCUGCAGGCACGCAAGUGGAACAGGCAGAACGUGCACGUGCUGUGAAUGCGAACGAAAACGCCGAGGCUGCUGUCACAACCGGCACAGCUGGCCUGCGGCUGUCUGUGCAGAGACUGUCACAGAGCAUCAUGAAGUCGACCCAGCGACAAGGUCGCACGCGCAACGCUGGCAGUGGCGGCAACACUGGCAGUGUUGGUCACAUCCGCUCCUUCAACGCGCGCAUCGCAGAUGCACUGCAGGAAGAAGAGAAUGAAGAUGAGGGUCGUCAGGGGGGAGUGAAGGAAUCAAGUGUCGGUGGAAACACGCCUGCUCCUCCGCCCAGUCUUCAACGCGUCAGCAGUCGUCGCCAUGUCCUUGAAGCAGAACUUGCUCGCAUUCGCGCAGAGGAGGAGCGGUUGGAGCGUGAACUGCUGGCAGAAGCGGGCCUCCAGCGCCGCGGCAGCGAGUACAGCGACGCCCACGACGACGACGACGACGGUGGUGACCGCAAUGUUGAAGGCGAAGGUGGCGUGGGAGGGAAUACUAAGACGCACGCAUUGCACACGCUGCCAGUAGUGGUGGAAGAGGAAGAGCACGAAGGAGAAGGCCACGAAGAGAGCGAGCACACGGGUGCGGCCACGGCAUCGACCCACAGCGACAGCGCAGCCACCAGGCUGGUGGACGCGUUUGACCUGGUGCAGCAGCUGCGGCGCGACAUUGACGGAGCAGCGACAACGGCGCCAACAGUCAUGGCCACUGUCAACAGCAGCGGUCGGAGCGCCACCACCCACUCUACAUGCACAACGCCAAGCGCCAGCAACACAAGCAGCAACCGCAGCGAACACGCAGCACCGGGCAUCAACGGCCACGCCGCACCAAUGCCCGCAAGCAACGCAACCACUGCCGACUCCUCUGCUGCCUAUGCUACUGCUCACGACGACGAAGGCGAGGACGAGGAGCUCGUGGCCAUUUUCUUCAACGCCGUGGCAAACACGCUCCAAGGCACCGCGCCGCCCAUGCUUGAGCCGCGACUUCCGGGCGACCCGGUUGCAGAGCGCCUGCACCAGCUCAGUGUCGAGGAAGACAAGGAGUUUGAGCGACGCGUGAGCACGGAUGGAACCGACCUGCCACUCGGCAUGUUCCGGCCCAUCACAUCUGCCAGCUGCGUGAACACCCCAAGCACCACAAGCAUGCUGCCAGCGGCACUGGCGCAGCUCCCACAGCAUUGA